CUUCUUAGUGGAAGGUGGAAGGAAAACAGAAGAAUGGCCUCAAAACCAUCCACCAUUGUUAGACUUUGUUUCUUCUACUUCGUGUUCUUCAGCUUUAUGCGUUUCAGCAGCUGCACUGUGCUCUCAUUCACCACUCAUGUAAGCUCAUGCAAUGGUUCCAUAGCCGAAUGCAAUCAAGAAGAUGAACUGCUGAUGGAGUCAGAAAUAAGCCGAAGGUUCCUGGAGCAGAAGAAAUACAUUUCCAAUGGAGCUUUACAGAGAGAUAAACCAGUUUGUAAUGGUGGUGGCUCUGGUGAAGCUUAUAGUAACAGUGGAGGGUGUCUUCCUCCACCUUCAAAUCCUCAUAAUAGAGGCUGCUCUAAGUACUAUCGUUGUAGGUCUGAUUCUUGAUUGCAUCUUCAUGCAAAGAAACAAUCUUUAAGGUUGUUCAUCAAUCAACCUUUUUUACAUAAUUUUUUUUCUUGUCCAUUAAAUUUGAUAGGAACUUCCGAAUUUGAAAUUAUUAAAAAAAUUCCAAAUGGUUGGUUCUCUGAUAACUAAUACUCUGAAGGAGGGUUCUUAUCCAGUGGUGGCGGUAGGUAUAAAUACUGAAUAAGUGAAUAUCACACUACUGCUUGCAGAUUGAGUGUACUAAAGCAAAGGUUCAUUGCUAUGGUUAUAUCAAUUAUCAGUAUCUUUCUCUUUGUUCCAUUAUUCUAGCUCGAAUUUGAUUUUUCUGUGUUUUUUGGUGGGA